UCCUUCUCUCUCUCUCUCUCUCUCUCUCUCUCUCUCUCUCUCUUCUCCCCAAAAUACCCCCAAUGAUACUCAAAAAUCCAACGCCAUACCCUCCGUCCUUUUCCCAUUCUUAAAACCGAUUCCAAUCAUCUCCACCGUCCAUUUAAUCACACCCUACUCCUUCCUGAGAAAUGGACAGGCCCCCAAACUCAAUCCACACCGUCGGAUCCGGCCCACCCCUGACCACCACUCCCACCACCUUCGUCCAAGCCGACGCCCACACCUUUCGAGACCUCGUCCAGAAGCUAACCGGCGCCACCGACGACACCCCAGACAAGCUUCCGAUCACGGUCCCCGCGCGAUUCUCAGCCGCACGAUCGCCUGACAUCGUUGGGCCCCGACGGUCCACCUUCAAGCUCCACGAGCGGCGCCACAGCAUGAGGAAGCUCGAGAUCAAGCUCGGCCUUACCUCCCUCCGCAGCAGCAGUAGCUCGCCUGCGUCAGGAUCGUUCUCCCCACGAUCACAGCCGUCGGUAUCGCCGAUCCCGAGCCCGGUCACUCCCCUCGGGUCGGACCCGCUCUUCUCGGGCCAUUUCCUCGGGUCGGGCAGUGAAUCGCCGUCGUCCGUGUCCGAAGAAGAGAAGGCAAUUGCGGAGAAGGGUUUUUAUCUGCAUCCGUCGCCGUUGAGUACGCCACGUGGCCCUGAUCCGCCCGAGCUUCUUCCGCUCUUUCCUUUGCAAUCGCCGAGGCAGAAAGAAUGAGAGGAUUUUCAUCGAAGAAGGAGAGAGGAUUUUCAUCGAAGAAGGAGACUGGUACGUUUGGGAUUCGGAAAUUCCCUUUUUUAAUUUUCUUUUUCUCAAUCUCUUUGGCUAUUUUCCGGUAGUCCCGCGGACUACUGAACCGGUCUUUCUUUU